UCCUCCUCUUCAUCAUCCUCCUCCUCAUCCUCGUUUGUUUCUCUUGUUUUGUUUUUUAAACCAUGUAACCGACUCGGUUCGGCAGAGAGGACGUUCGGGCUGCUCGGUGUCACCGAACCGAGCAGCACCACGGAGGAAGGGGCCCAAAACUUUUUCAUCCCGGACACGAAACGAAGAAAAAAAACAACAACAACAAGUUUUCAGAGCUGCAGCUUCGGGCCCGAUGGACAGAAGAGGGUCUGAGUCCGACGGCCAGGUGGACGUGUCUUCACCGUCUCCGUCCUGCGGCCUCACCAACAGGAGCAGCAGCUUCUUCAAGCUGAUCGACUCGUUCGCCUCAGAGAUCGGGGAGCUGAAGAAGGAGAUGGUCCAGACGAGUCCAGCUGUGGACAAAGACCUCGUGGACCUGGGCGGGCUGGAGGCAYGCGUCUACCUGCAGCCCCCUCAGUGUCUGGGGUCCGCAGGGGAACGGGAUUCUGGAUACGACUCGUUACGCAGGAAGAUGAGCGUGUUGGACAGGCUGACAGAAACCCACCCGGUCUGGCUGCUGCUGGGGGUCAGCGAGGAGAAGACCUCCUGCCUCCUGCUCCAACAGCCGGCAGGGGUGUUUCUGGUCAGGAAGUCYGCGGCUCUGCAGAGGAAGGUUCUUUCUGUCCGUCUGGAGGAGGAUCAAUCAGAACCUCCCGUCAGCCACUUCCCCAUCAGAGAGACCCAGUUCUCUUUUUCUCUGGAGGGAUCUGGGGUCGGCUUUGCAGAUCUGUUCCACCUUGUGGCUUUUUACUGCAUCAGCAGCUUUCUGGGACUCGGCUCUGUGCUGUCAGCGGCGCUCCUCCCUCCGGACCCGGCGCCCUCUGAGCCGGACCCUCAGCCCCGAGCGGACUAAGGUCGGGAGGUCACGGCCGUGGGACUGCAGCCUUCACAGCGACAGCGCGCCUCCCACCUUGCAGCUCCACACGGCCCCGCCCUCCUCUCACCUGGAGGGCAGGUUUUCCAGCGGACCCCUGUGUUUCGUGAACCCGCUGUUUCUGCAGACCCACCCCCGCCGCCAAGACGACCUCCCCCCUGAGCCGGAGGAAACGGCUGUGCUGGAACCGCCACCUAAGAGCCGGAACGUGGAUCAGAUCCAACCCACCUGUAAGUCCCCUCGCUCCAUGCCCCGCCGCCGGCCGGCCCCGCCUCCGCCCGGGCCUCCGGCAGGUGCCGGCAGAGCCAAGAGCAUGCUGGAGGUGGUGAACUCUAAAGCACAGCCCUCCGUCCGGCGCCCUGCACCCCCUCGACCGUCAAUGGGCUCCAAAUCCAGCAGCCCGUCCAAGAGCACCACCUCGCCCAGAGCCCCGCCUCCGCGGCCCAAGAAGCCCGACCUGGAGGACCACCGGUGCCACAUCGCCCUGGACGACGAGACCAUCGCCAAGGCUCUGUCCCGCGCCAGGCUGCCGCACUGCCAGCCGCCGCCGCCGCCGGCUGCGGACCGACCAGAGAACAACGCCGAGGGUCCUCAGGAGAGGGGCCGCCAGCGGCUCAGCGGCAUGAGCAUGUCCACGUCUUCCUCCGACUCGCUGGAUAACUCCCGGUCCCCCGGGUUCUCCCUGAAUCUGGCCCCGACCCAGUCCCAGCACCUCAACCACCAGGACACGGUGGAGGACAGCAGUGACGAAGACGAGGACGCGGAGGAGGAGGASGACGAGGACUACGGRGUGGGACUGGAAGCAGACCUGGAGAUGCGUUUUCGUCCGUCCUACAAGUCCCGGAGGGGACGGGUGGGCGUGAGCCUGAACGGCGGGUCCUUCAUCCUGCCCCGGUCUCUGAAGGGACGCUUCAGUAAGGUGAGCGGGAUGUUCAGCUCCCUCAUGACGCCGGAGAAACGGGCCGUGAAACGGGUCACCGAGCUGUCCCGGAACAAGAGCACCUACUUCGGCUGCUUGGUCCAGGAUUACAUCAGCUUCGUCCAGGAGAACCGGAGCUGCCACACGUCAGGGAUGGACUUCCUGCAGACCGUCAGGCAGUUCAUGACCCAGACCAAGGCCUACCUGCGCCAGACCUCCGAGCUGGACCCGCCCAUCGAGUCCCUCAUACCUGAAGACCAGAUCGGGGUACUACCUGACCAGCGCCUACGGAGCCAUGGCGCUCAUCAAGAACUUCCAGGAGGAGCAGGCGGCCCGGGUCCUGAGCUCCGAGGUCCGGAACACCCUGCACCAGUGGCACCGCCGGCGGACCACCCCUCGCUCGGCGCCGUCCGUGGACGACUUCCAGAACUUCCUCCGCGUCGCCCUGCAGGAGGCCGGCUCKGGCUGCACGGCCAAGACCCUGCAGGUGCACCCCUACACCACUGCCGAGGAGGUCUGCUCCCUCUGCGCCCGCAAGUUCAAGAUCCCCGACCCGGAGAACUACGCCCUGUUCCUGGUCACCGAGGACACGAGCCAGCAGCUGGCUCCCGACACGCACCCCCAACGGAUCAAAGCCGAGCUGCACAGCCGGCCGCUCACGCACGUCUUCCACUUCGUCUACAGGAAGGUGUCCAACCUGAAUCUCUGCAUCCCCAGCGUCYUGCAGAACGGGAACUGCCUCCCGGCCGACCCGUGAUGCAGAAGCGUUGAUCGUAUGUUUUUAAACGACGGCUUUGAGAAGGUCUGAUUGUUUGUGUUUUUACUGACACGCCUCUGAAAUGUUGAAKCUUAAAGGGAUCCCAGAUCAGUUGUAACAUUAGACUUUAUAUGAUAAA